CCCUGUAUCAGAAACGUGUAUUGCUAGGGAUUUCUUCUGGAUGCCAAAAUUCAUUGCCUUGAAAUUUUAUUAAUUCUACUUGCCUGAAAAUUCCAAGAAGCCUUGGUGACUAGAUUAAGGGAUAUGAAAACUUUCUGGGCCCAGUUUUAAAAGUGUUUGUGCCAGAAGAUUUUUAAAAACCUUUUUCAUGAGACAAGUAUGCUUUUAUUUGAAAGUUUCAGCUGAACCUGCCUUAUUCUGUUCUCCAGGAAAACUUUCUGAAGCAGCAUCCUAAAACAUGCAUCUGGGACAAGUACCCCUGGCACUUUUGGUACUUAUGUUUAAGAGCUCCUUAGAAACCUGUACGGUACGUCCUCACAUUAAUGCUGUUGAAGGGGAACCUUUCUUUCUGAAAUAUUGCUCAUUUUCAUCGAAGCCUGAGACUAAAUCAACCACCACAAAAUGGUACAAGCGCAACGAGCCCCACGCGCCCGCAGAGCUGAGCUCAAGCCGUUCGCCCAGAAUCGCCGUGCGGGACCACGUCCUGGAGUUCUGGCCAGCGGAGUUGGGCGACAGCGGGGCUUACUUCCUCCAAAUGGGAAAUCUUACUCAUGAAUGGAGUUUAAAUGUCAUCAGGAGAAGUAAGCACAGCUGUUUUGCUGAAAAACAAGUAAUUAGUAAAACUGUGGAAGUUGAAAAAGCUUUGCAGGUGCACUGUGAGCAUAGUUACUAUCAAAACCUGGUCAACAGAACGGCGCUGUAUAAGAACUGUGAACCGAUAGGGAACAGCAAGAACCCGUCCCUGAAGAAGAACGCGGAGUUUGCGGAUCAGGGGUAUUACACCUGCGUGUUCUUCCUCCAUCACGAUGGGAGGCUGUUUAACGUCACCAGCACCUACAACAUCACGAUCGUCAGAGAACGCAGUGAUGUAACUCCAGCUCUUCUUGGACCAAAGCUUAACCAUGUUGAAGUCGAAUUAGGAAAAAAUGUACAGCUCAACUGCUCUGCUUGGCUGAAUGAGAAGGACCACAUCUACUGGAACUUCCGCAAGGACAACGGGGAAGACCCUAAUGUGCAGGAAGGGGAAGAGAUAAAAGUGAAGACCUCAGAAGGCAAAUGGCGCGCUUCCAGGAUAUUGAGAAUUGAGAACAUUAAUGAAAAUAAUCUGAAUUUUUUAUAUAAUUGCACUGUGUCCAGUGAGAAAGGCCCGGACACCAAAAGCUUCAUCUUGUUGAAAAAAGAAGACCUGGUUGAUAUCCCAGGCCACGUGUUCACCAGAGGAAUGAUCAUAGCUGUUCUGACCUCAGGGAUAGUCGUGUGCCUAGUGACUGUGGGUGUCAUUUAUAGAAUUGACUUGGCUCUGUUUUAUAGACAGUUCAUGGGAAGAGAUGAAACGUUAACAGAUGGAAAGACAUACGAUGCCUUUGUGUCUUACCUGAAAGAAUGUCGACCUGAGAAUGGGGAGGAGCACGCCUUCGCGGUGGAGACGCUGCCCGGGGUGUUGGAGAGGCGUUUUGGGUAUAAGUUAUGCAUAUUCGAAAGGGAUGUCGUGCCCGGAGGAGCUGUUGUUGAUGAAAUCCAUUCAUUGAUAGAGCAAAGCCGAAGACUGAUCAUCGUCCUAAGUGAAAGCUAUGUGUCUAAUGAAGUCAGGUAUGAACUUGAAAGUGGCCUUCAUGAAGCACUGGUGGAGAGGAAAAUUAAAAUAAUCUUAAUUGAAUUUACACCCGUCAGUGACUUCACAUUCUUGCCCCAGUCGCUGAAGCUUCUGAAAUCUCACCGAGUCCUGAAGUGGAAGGCUGACAAAUCUGUCUCACAUAACUCCAGGUUCUGGAAAAAUCUUCUCUAUCUGAUGCCUGCAAAAAUGGUCAAGCCCUGUAGAGAUGGAUCCGAAGCCACGCCUGUGCUUGCCGGGUCCCGAUCUUCAGAAAGCUGAGUGUGAGAAAGAGACCUGAGGCUCUGGAGACUGAGAGGAUGAGCCUGCUUAUAACCAAGGGCUUUAUUCAGAUAUUUCACUCUGGAAAUUGUAUGCCCAGUCUGAAGACGAAGCAUCAUCAGGCCGCCAGGGACAGGACUGAACACUGAGCUGUGCUUGUGUCCCGGAGGACCCUGGAAUUUUACAGAAAUGGGUCUCCUGUUUCUCCUUCUUCCACACUGGAUAUGAGGCUGGGAAUUAUGCCUUACAAAAAGGGCACAUCUUUAGGUUUUUAAUGCUAACAAUUGAACUAAAGGAUUUUAAGUUUAUGAAGUGGCAUUUUCUGUGAGCCAGUAGGUGACACAGAAACUGGCAUGGUGCUGACACCUCUAAACACGGUGACAGUCCCUGGACAAGGGAGACUGCUGCAGGGCUGCAUGCAGGGUAGGGGCGAGGUCUGCACCCGGUUAUUAUAACAUGACCUGGCCUGCCCGCCGCCAUUGUGGGCCCGUGGUUCUUGGAACGCUACUGAGACACUGCACAGGGCCUGCUCAAUUGAGCCUAUUUGUGGGAACUUCUUAAAAGCAACCCGAAGCAACUUUGUGUCUUUCAUGAUAAACACAAAUUUUAAUCCAAAUCAUUCUCUAGAUCUUUCAAAAUUGGUCAAAAAUAUUUGUUGAUUCUAAAUAAAUACUUAUAUAGCGGAUGGGUGCCAGAUCAUAUUAGCCAUUAAGCAAUGAAAAAUGAUAGUUGCUUGAUUUGUAAAAAGUUGCAUAUUUAAAAUGCCUGCAGGGUGGGAGGGCAUGGCAUGGGUGUUAGGGUCUGAGCUGUGCAGCCAAGGUGCGUGAGCUCAAAUCCCCGCUUUGCUACUUGCGCCUGUGACCUCCGGAACCUCUUCUAAUGGAUCUGUGCCUUGGUUUCCUCGUCUGUAAAAUUAGAAUAUGUAACAAUUAUACUUCGCAGGGGCACUAAAAGAAUUUUUAAAAGUACUUACAACAGUUCUUGACCCGGACUUAACAUUCUGUAGGUAUUUUUAUUACUAUUAUUAUUGUUAUUAAUUAUUACUUAGACCGAUUUUUUUAAUCCUCAUGAGGACAUGUUUUUUGUUUGUUUUUUAAAAUUUAUCUUUGUUGUUAAAAGAAUUUCAGAUGACUGACAAGGGUAUGUUUUUAUUGAUUAUUUAGAGAGAGAGGAAUGGAGAGAGAUGGAAAAAACACACAUCAAUCUGUUGGUUGCCUCUCGUACACGCCCCAACCAGGGAUCGGACCGGCAACCUCUCGGUGUACUGAGCCGCCCGGCCGGGGCUGGGUCGGCAUUUAAGAGGUGGAGUAAAGUGGAAGCCAGAGAGCAGGGAAGGAAAGAGGCUGGAGGGGGGAAGGCAGUUAUACUCGGUACAGGGGGAAGGGUACGGGAGAAGCACCCAGUGGGCCAAGGCAGUUCUUCGUGGGCAUGUGCGGUGGUUGACGUCGGGAGACGUGUCUGUCUCCCUAAGUGCGCCACACUGUGGGCUUUCCCGUGGCCUCGGCGGUAGUGUCUGUCCAGGAAAUCACCAAGCGAGUGACAAACAUCAGCCUUAAAGAGAAAGGAGAGCGUUGGCUAAGUUUGGAAGGCUGGGUAGAGCAUCUGUGGAUGUUCCGUAAAAGUCCAGAGACUGUUUAAAAAGCUGUGGUACACAUUGCUGAAAAUUAAGGAAUAAUGAUAUUUUCAUUAGAUUUUCGGUAUCAGAAAGUGAUUUAAUUUUUGUAGAGCUUACAAUUUUGUGUUCUAGUUGUAUGACUAAGAAAAGUAGAACUGUAUUAUGUGUUUUAUGUGUGAAAAUAUAUGGUCAGGAGAAACUUUAUUGCUAUCAUCAUAGUCGCUAAUACAUAGAAUAAUCGUGCUUUUCUCUUUUGUUAUGUAUGCUUUAAAAUAUAGCAAACGCAUUUUUACUGAAUAUGUUAAAUAUGUGCAUUAAU